AUGCAGGACUUCACCGUCGAGGUCGACGGCGUACCAGACCGAGGCCCCGCAGUCUUUAUCGUCACUACCACCACACUGAUCUUGGCCACCGUCUUUGUCGGCGCAAGAUUGGUUUGUCGAGGCCUUAUUGUUCGACGCUUCGGGCGGGAUGAUCUUUCUAUUGUGAUUGCCUGGCUGUUCGCCGUGGGCAUCUCGGUGACCAUCGCUCUCGGUACUCACAGGGGUCUCGGCCGGCACGAUGAGGACAUAGUUCCUGAGUACUUGCCGCAGCUUAGGCGCUGCGAAUAUGUCUUUUCCAUCUUGUACAACCCGGCUCUGAUGGCAGCCAAGACAUCCGUCCUGAUAUUCUACCUUCGGCUCUCGAGAAAUACACAGCCGCUGCUCCGCCUCGCCUCGAAAAUCGUGCUCUUUAUCGUCAAUACAGCUGGUACCAUUCUCACUUUUAUCAACAUUUUUCAAUGCAAUCCAAUCAACGCAGCCUACGAUGACGUGGCUGGGCAGUGCGUGCCUCUCCUGACCGAGUUCAUCUGCUCUGCGCCCAUCAACAUCCUCACGGACCUAGCCAUCCUCGCCCUACCGAUCCCAGUCCUCACGAGCAUGAGGUUACCUCCGCGACAGAAGACCAUUUUGGUUCUGACGUUUGGGCUGGGUAUUUUCGUCACCAUAGUCGACGUGGUCAGAAUCUACUACCUUCAGAACGCCAUCAACUAUGUUCCCACCACAACGCAGACAUCGGAUCCGAAUGCCAUCUAUGGAGACUCCCCUCAAUUUAGCUGGAGCGCUUCUCUCUCCCUCAUGUGGUCUGCAGUCGAGGUCAACGUUGGCAUCUCAACCGCAUGCAUCCCGACCCUGAAGCCUCUUGUGUUGCGUCUCCUCCCUGCAAUGAUUCUGGACCCCAACGGCAAUUAUUACUAUGGAUCCAACAACACGAAAGAUAGGGAGGUGCUACCCACGGCUGCCCCUAUGCAGCCAACUUUUGGGGCCGGCGGGGGCAUGCAGGCGGCACCACCACAACAUUCCCCCACUGCUGCUGGACACGAGGAUCAAACUCAGCAGCUUGACGUGAUGGAGUUUUUGACGACUCCAGGCAUGGGCGGCACUGCCGCCACCCCGGGGACACCACAGACCAGCAAUGCUUGGUCUAACCUUAGACGGUCGACCGUAACGACACUAGGGCCCCAGGGCUCUGCACCAACCGAAAACAACCUGUAUUUUGGGUUCGUGAGCAUCAAGAAGCCCAAAAGCAUGCUCAAGGCCACAAAUGCCGAAAGCUGGCGAUACUGCGCUUUUGUUACGGUUACUUUUGUACUAUGGGGCAUGUCUUAUGGGCUGUUAGGGAUGCUGAACAAUGUCGUUGCCUUGGUGGCCGACAUGACAGUCCCUCAAACAAUUGGACUCAACAGCAUCUAUUUCGGACUGGGAUACCUUCUUGGACCACUUAUUGUUGGCGUCUGGAUACUUCGCCAUGAUGAACAUCACCGCUCUCGACAUGCGACAAGGAACCACCGACCACACGAAUCAAUUGGGGGGUUCAAGGCCACCCUGAUGUUGGGUCUUGCAAUCUUUGGCACUGGCACGAUCUGUUUUUGGCCUGCCGCCGUACUGGCGAGCUUUCCGGGGUUUAUGGUCUCAAACUUUCUUGUUGGCAGUGGCCUUGCGGUCUUAGAAACGGCAGCCAACCCGUUUUUGGUCCUCUGCGGCCCCAGCGAGUUCGCUUCCAUGAGGCUAUGCCUGGCACAAGGCUUCCAGGCUGUCGGAAGUAUCCUCAGCGGCCUUCUGGCUCAACAUGUCUAUUUCUCCAACAUUACACAGCGCCAAGAGCGCCCAGACUCGCUCAUAUUAGCCGAUGUCCAGUGGACAUACCUAGCCGUCACCUUGUUCUGCGCUGCUCUUGCGCUUCUAUUCUACUACAUCCCUUUACCCGAGGUGACCGACCAGGAACUGGCAGCCAGCGCCGAAAAGCUGCCGGUAGACUCGACCAAGCGCAGUAUCGGCGGCCUUGAGCUGCGAACGGUUUGCAUAAUCCUCGCCGUGCUGGCCCAGUACUGUCUAAUCGCAGCACAGGAGAGCGUGUCCAUCUUCUUUCAAGACCUCAUUUCGGCACUGGUACCUACCCAAUCGGCAACGCCCGUCGCUUCAGUCUCGUCUGGGACUGGGUCUACCGCCAACGCCACCAACAGUGAACCCAAUCCGCCAUCACUGACGCUCUCGGUAUCCAACUAUAUGGUCAUCUCUCACACAGCCUUUGCACUUUCCCGCUUUCUAGCUGGGGGGUUGGCAUACCUUUCGGCAAAACACCCCCGAAACAAAUGGAUACCGACUCCGCGGACUGUGUUACUUGCCUCGAUCAUUACGGCUAUCGCGGCCAUGAUUGCCAUCAUCACAGUCAAACGUUCAUCAUCAAUAGGCCCCAAUGUUAUGGCGAUCCCAAUCGUCAUCUUCUUCUUCGCCGAGGGGCCCGGCUGGCCUUUGAUAUUCUCGCUCGGCCUGGUCGGGCAAGGAUCAAGAACCAAGCUAGCAGCGGCAUGGCUGACCAUGGGAGCAUCAGGACCGGCCUUUAUCCCAUUCAUCAUAUAUGGAAUUAUACAGAGGAGCGACACAGGCAGGAACAUCCAGAUUGCCUUUUGUGUCAUAGCAGCAGCGCUGUGCUUCACGCUCGUAUAUCCUUUGUAUCUAUGCUUCGGGCGCGACGCCCGCAAAAUGGUUGACCCCGUUGACACGCGCGACCAGCCCACCACGCCAGCAGCGGCAGACGAGCAGGUCGGUAUGGACACCUUGCUCGAGCGGCGCAUUAGGGGGAGAUUGUCAGCCAUGGCAACAGAAGGUCGAGAGGCCAGCAGGUCCACUUUGGCCAAUUCGAACGACUGGGACGAAGACGGACCACGGUCGGUCGCCCUUUUUGACAAGUUCAAAAACGGGCUGGGGGCUGCAAAGCAUGGCCUCAAUGAGCAUCACGCUAGUAGCCCACUAAGAGGGUCUCGUAACAACAGCCCGCGGCGGCCGUCGGCGACGUCGACUUCGCCCCGCUCGGCCGUCUCCACUCUCCGCGGCGAGCGCCUCGAGACAACAGAUGAAAUCAAGGAGGAGGAGGAAGUAGGAGAAGAAAGGGAGAACAGGCCGAGCGGCGAGGCCGGUGAGAAGUUGAAACCGCCAUUAUGACGAUUGGUUUUAAUUGACCUUUUGUGUUUGUUUUAUUGUAACAAAAUGGCGUUUUGUUGUUCAAAAGCGUGCAGGUUCUGAUGUUUUCUUGAAG